AUGCUGCACGGCUACAACUUUUUAUUAACAGUUGACAAUGUGAAUGAGGAAUUCCAGCGGCAAAAUGUAAGAAAUUUUGACGCAAGCAAUUUACCACCAUGCAAAUCCGAAUUGCUUCAACAGUUUCGACGAGCAAAUUAUAUUGCAAGUAUCUGGAGCAAUGCUCAUAUGAAGAAUCCUAGCAUUUUGAGCCCAGAGAACAAUGGGUGGGUUUUAAAAGAUAGCCAAUAUAAUUUUAACUGGUUUGACGGUGACCAAUUACCAAGUUUUGUGAGCGAGUCACUUGAAAACGAAUUAGAGAAUUCAAGUAACAAUGAAGAUCAAGGUGAAGAUGAUUUAAAUAUUCAAUUUGAAUGUGAAUUUGAUGAGGGAAGUAAGCUCGGAUAAUGAUGAUGAUGAUAAUGAAAAUGCAUAACAUGCUACUAACAUGAAAAUGCUACGGACAUAAUAAUUUUUUUUGUUCAUAAUAAUGUGUGAAUAUCUUAACAUUUAAAAUAAAUUUUUAUAGAGAAAACCAUAUAAUAUUUUGUAAUUCUAUUCUUGAAAUAAUAUCCAAAAUAAUGUUCCUCAUCUUCCUAAACACUCCAAGUACUUUUAAUAUUCAAUAGUUUACCUAAUUUUUAAAUAAUAUUAAAGACGUCUGGUAGAAGUAAUGGCCCACGGAAAGUGUCUGGCAAUAGUGAAUUUGAAUUCUACAUAAUAUUCUCAAAAACAUAUGUAAAAACGAACUUUGCUACUUUAACGUAGGUAAGUAAGUUUUUUACGCACCUGUAUUUCGCGCUACCUGAGAAACGGCCCCGCUUUCAAGGUAGUGGGUACGCAUAGCUCCUAACAACACAUUGUACUAACAAUCCUCAAAAUUUCAGCUUUGCUAAAAUGACGUAGGUCUGGGGGCUCUGGGAUCUUGGACUAUUAUUAUUAUUAAUCGAAUUUUAAAAUAAAAGGCGCUCAUCGAAUUAUAAUAUUUACUGUAAUAUUUUUAAAUUUAGAAUUAUUCAUGUUGAGGCAUGACACCGUACGUGGAGAAUGAUAUCUGCGUAUAACAUAAUGACGGGGUGUUGGAGUAAAUGAUAUAAAAAUAUUUAAUUUGGGUACUUCACGAUAAACACUUAAAUAAUCUUAAAAUAUUCUUUAUUUAUAAAACAUUGGCAUAAAGACAAACAAAACAAAAUAUGCCUAGAUGAGAUCCUUAACCGUGUUGCACUUAGUCAGGUAACUGAUUCAAGCGCAUCUUUGAUGCUAGAAUAGCUAUUUGGUUAACUUAAUC